AUGGCUGCAUCCAGAGAAAAACACACAUCGUUACAGCUGACCCUCCUGCGCCCGCUGGACGGAGAAGAGACAGCUUCCUAUUUACUACACCUGCCAAACGAGGUCCUAUUGCUGAUCUUCCGUCAGCUCACCCGGAUCAAAGAUGCUUCCCAUCUAGCUCAAUCAUGUCAUCAGCUUUACACACUGUUCAGUGAUCGCAGAAAUAAAGUCAAUAUUCUUCAGUCAGCUGCCGCUAUCCCGCAGCAACCCAGCUAUGGCCUGGACAAGGCCUUCUCUGUUGUCACUCGAAUACCACCCAUAGGAUGGCGAAUCCAGGGCGCUACCCCGCGCUCGUACAUGCUGAUAUACUUCGACUACGGUGAGGUUUCUGACGAAAUGGGUGCAUCCUCAAUGUGUGACCUAUCAGCCAUCCAGCGCCGGAAUAAGACCAUGCGGUUUCCAGAAUUACUCCAGGAAUUCCUUUCUCAGUUUCAAGACAUCAACUCGCGCUGGGGGCAGUGGUAUGAAAGGAGCACUGAAAGUCUGCUCUCAAGCGCCGCCCAGCUGCAAGCCGACUUGUUACGUGAGUCGCCCAACCUCACCGAUCUAUCCGGUGAAAAUACGGUCAUCGCGCUAGCUCUUCAUUGCCUUCUCCUUGUUCGAGACUUUGAUUAUGUGGACACCGAAAUUUUGGAUCUCACAGAAGAAGAAUUAUUCGCCUAUGGCUCCCCUGUCGUCAUUCAAGAACCGAGUUAUGACGCCAACAGGCUUCUCCCCAUUGUAGAAGUCUACCGAGCCAUCUGGCGAGAACAGGCUCUUCGAGAAUCUCCAACGCCUUUGCCCUGGGCAUCACCAAAUACAGAGGCCGUUAAUGUUUCGAAGCCGGGCUACCACAUCGAGAGUGGCCUCGAUGCCACGUUAACCCAUAUUUCGGAGUGUCUGUUCCGGCUUCUCGACUCCCGAGAUCCCAGACACUGGCCGACUGUCCUGUAUGGGCUCGUGAUUCUUAUCCUGAUCUGUGGUUGCUUGUCGCCUACCGGACGCUGGUUGAAAAGUGUACGGUAUGCUGGGAGCUCGCUGACGCCGCUGAGCCGCGAUCUUGCUCGGUAUUAUUAUAUUUGCACAGAUGGGGGUCGCAUAAUCAGCGACGGAUGGGAUGAGGGGGACUAUGCGGCGCAAGUUGGGCAGUAUCGAGUUGCCCUGGACUAUGCUCGAAUUUUGCAUGAGUUAUGGGUCAAUGCAGACGACGGACAGUGGAAGGAAAUAGAAGCGGGUGGGGGUAUAGACGGGUUUCCGGGGAAGUUACGGUUUCUUGCGUAUGGGUGCGUGGAUGCCAUGCUGCAUCAUGAAGGUAUUUAA